AAAUCUUCCGGUUCAUAUCAACCAUAAGCUUGUAGAUCGUUUCAAUCUUGAGUAUACCCGACCAACGCACUUCUGCAUAUUAAAUUAACCUGAUCCUUCGCAAUCGAAGACCUACGAUCUCGGUCUGACUCAGAUGCGCUUGACGCAGACCCUGUAAGAAUGACAUGUUAGCGCUUAUCGGAUCACACAUAAAUAAGCCAUCACCCCAACACCAACAUAACAUCGACAUAAUCAUCAAAUCUACCCAAACCAAACACCACCAAAAACCAACCCAACCAACCACCCACAAUGGCCUCCUCGACGCCCUUCGCCCUCCUCGCAACAGCCCUCACAGCCCUCCCCAUCGCCCUCGGCGCAAACGCCUUCCUCCGCCCCCACCAUGCCCUCACCCUCUUCGGCCUCGACCAACCCACCACCCCCUGGGAGGAAAAAUUCGCCACCACAAUGAUGGGCGUCUAUGGCGUGCGCGACAUCUUCAUGGGUCUUGCGCUCGGCGCGGCGGCGUAUUUCGGGAAUCGAAGGACGUUUUCGUGGAUUUUGAUUGCCAGUAGUGUUGUUUCUGUGGGGGAUGGGGUGCUCUGUUUGAAUUUGAAGGGGGAGGGAGAGGGGAGUCACUUUGCCGCGACGGUUUUGAUGUUGUUCCUGGGGGUGAUUGUUAAUUAUUUAUAGGUUUGGGGUUUAGGAGGGGGGUUAUGUGUCUGUAUAAGUUGUAAAUCAGUUGACCAUGUUCAUUCAGCCCAUAUCCACUUCGACCGACUGUGUUCGUGAUACUGCAAAUCCUUCAGCCCACUUUAUACACGCUGUUCAUGCCGGGCGACAAUAUGAUAAACUGGCAGAAUGGUGCUAGGCUAUGCAGUCUCCACUUGUACUAGUAUGCAACUCCCAGACCGAUCUUCAGCACACACCAUCAAGUAUCAGGUGUACUGGUUAAUAUUCUACCACAUCUAAAAUGAAGUAUCCCGGCUGUUCUGAGGCAAAGCUACCGUCUGUAGACUGGCCUCUCGCGCAGUUCCAUUCUGGUCAGCAAGUGGGUGCGUAAAGUUCAGUCCGCUACAAAUUGCAAUUAGAACAGUUUGAUACACGGUGACUGCAUGCAACAUGCUCAAAUA